UACUGGCAGGGCAGGUGGGCUAGGCUGUGUUGGGUUGCGAAGGGGGAGAAUAACGUCGGGUCGGGUCAGCGGGCGCUGCAGUAGUCGCCGCAGCGGCGAUGGGAGCGGUGGGGACGAGGCGGCGGCGGCGGCGGCAGGAGGAGGAGCAGGGGCUGGCACAAGAGCAGCGGCUGGGGGCGGCCAGCAGCAGCAUUAACAGCAGCCGCCGCCGCCGCCAGUAAACGCGGACGGUACCCGAGGGGACUACCAAGCCGGCCGGCCCUCGAAGCCGCGCUCGGGUCCCGCCGCAGUCGGCGGCGGGGGAUGGGCAGGCGGCGGCGGUCCCGCUUGCUGAGGGUUGAUCCCUGCGGGUCCUGGCCCUGAGUUGGAUCCGAGCCCUCCGCCCGAAAUCCCUGCGUCCGCCACGGCCCAGGUUAAAUGGAAACCAUCCUUGGGAGCUGGAUGCCUGUAUAGCCGUUUUAUCACAUCAGUCAAUUGCAAUGAGUGGAGGAGGAGAGCAACCGGAUAUUCUCAGUGUUGGAAUCCUGGUCAAAGAAAGAUGGAAAGUGUUGAGGAAGAUUGGGGGUGGGGGCUUUGGAGAAAUUUACGAUGCCUUGGACAUGCUUACCAGGGAAAAUGUUGCACUGAAGGUAGAAUCAGCUCAACAACCAAAACAAGUUCUGAAAAUGGAGGUGGCUGUUUUGAAAAAACUACAAGGGAAAGACCACGUUUGUAGAUUUAUUGGCUGUGGGAGGAAUGAUCGAUUCAACUAUGUGGUCAUGCAGUUGCAGGGUCGGAAUCUGGCAGAUCUACGUCGUAGCCAGUCCCGGGGCACAUUCACCAUUAGCACUACUCUUCGGUUGGGUAGACAGAUUCUCGAGUCUAUUGAGAGCAUCCAUUCUGUGGGAUUCUUGCACCGAGACAUCAAACCGUCGAACUUCGCCAUGGGUCGCUUUCCUAGUACAUGUAGGAAAUGUUACAUGCUUGAUUUUGGCUUGGCUCGACAAUUUACCAAUUCCUGUGGUGACGUCAGACCACCUCGAGCUGUGGCAGGCUUUCGAGGGACAGUUCGUUAUGCAUCAAUCAACGCUCAUCGAAACAGGGAAAUGGGAAGACAUGAUGACCUUUGGUCCUUAUUCUACAUGUUGGUGGAGUUUGUGGUUGGUCAGCUGCCUUGGAGAAAAAUAAAGGACAAGGAGCAAGUAGGUUCUAUUAAGGAGAGGUAUGACCACAGGCUUAUGUUGAAACAUCUCCCUCCAGAAUUCAGCAUCUUUUUGGAUCACAUCUCCUCUUUGGAUUAUUUUACAAAACCAGACUACCAGCUUCUGACAUCCGUGUUUGACAAUAGCAUCAAGACCUUUGGAGUAAUUGAGAGUGAUCCUUUUGACUGGGAGAAGACUGGAACAGAUGGCUCCCUGACCACUACUACUACUUCUACCACCCCUCAGCUGCACACCCGCCUGACCCCCGCCGCCAUCGGAAUUGCCAAUGCCACUCCCAUCCCAGGAGACUUGCUUCGGGAAAAUACAGAUGAGGUGUUUCCAGAUGAACAGCUUAGUGAUGGGGAGAAUGGCAUCCCUGUUGGUGUGUCACCAGAUAAAUUGCCGGGAUCUUUGGGACACCCACGUCCCCAGGAGAAGGAUGUCUGGGAAGAGAUGGAUGCCAACAGGAACAAGAUAAAGCUUGGGAUUUGUAAGGCUGCUACCGAGGAAGAGAAUAGCCACGGUCAAGUAAACGGUAUUCUGAAUGCUCCAAGCCUUGGUUCCCCAAUUCGUGUCCGCUCCGAGAUUACUCAGCCAGACAGAGAUGUUCCAUUGGUGCGGAAGUUACGUUCCAUCCACAGCUUUGAGCUGGAAAAACGUCUGACACUGGAGUCAAAGCCAGAUACGGACAAGUUUCUUGAGACCUGCCUGGAGAAAAUGCAGAAAGAUUCCAGUGCAGGCAAGGAAUCUGUUCUCCCUUCUCUGCUUCAUAAGCCUUGUGUUCCCGCCGUGUCCCGUACUGACCACAUCUGGCACUAUGAUGAGGAAUAUCUUCCAGAUGCUUCAAAGCCUGCCUCUGCCAACACCCCUGAACAGGCAGAUGGCGGUGCCAGCAAUGGAUUUAUAGCAGUUAACUUGAGCUCCUGCAAGCAGGAGGUUGAUUCCAAAGAAUGGGUGAUUGUGGACAAGGAACAGGACCUUCGAGAUUUUAGGACAAAUGAGGCUUUAGGUCAUAAAACAACUGGAAGCCCUUCUGAUGAGGAGCCUGAAGUCCUUCAAGUCCUAGAGGAAUCACCUCAAGAUGAGAAGCUCCUACUGGGUCCUUGGGCGGAAAGCAAUCACUUACAGAAAGAACCCUCAGGUGUGGUCUUAGCACUUUCUGGGGAAUGCCCUGCCACCGCUGUGUCGGAACAGUAUACGGAUCGGCUGGAACUCCAGGCGGGGACUGCCGGCCAGUUUGCUGCAGUGACACCCACGAGUCCCAUGGAGGCGCAAGCAGAAGGACCCCUCACAGCGAUAACAAUUCCUAGACCCUCUGUGGCAUCCACACAGUCAACUUCAGGAAGCUUUCACUAUGGUCAACAGCAAGAGAAGAAGGACCUUCAGCCUGUGGAACCCACUGUGGAACUUUAUUCUCCAAAGGAGAACUUCUCUGGCCUGGUUGUAACAGAAGGUGAACCUCCUAGUGGAGGAAGCAGAACAGACUUGGGGCUGCAGAUAGAUCAUACUGGUCAUGACUUGUUAGCCAAUAUUAGAGAGUGUAACAAAUCUCAAGAUCUAGGACCAAAAGACCAUCCUGACCAUAACAGACUGGCUUUGAGAGAACUUGAGAGUCUCCCUAGGGAAACUGAAGAGAAAAGCAAUCUUCUAGGGUCAGAUAAUGAAGAUGAGAAGUUAAGUAAAGGGCAGCAUUAUAUUGAGAUCGCCUCCCUUCCAGGAGACUUGGUAACUGUGGAAAGAGAUCACUCAGCUACCACUGAACCUCUUGAUGUGGCAAAGACACACACUUUUAGUGUAGUGCCAAAUCAAGACAAAAAUCAUGAGAUAAUGAAGCUUCUGGAGGUUGAAACUUCAGAAGUUUCUUCACAAGUCAUUGACCCACAUGUUGAAGGACAGAUAGGUCAGGUGGCAGCAAUGCAAAAAGGUAAGCCAUCUAAGGAUGAUGAUGUCAGGAGUGCAGACUUGCCAGGUCAGCAGGGAGACCUGUCUACAUUUUUGCACCAAGAGGGUAAGAGAGAGAAAAUGGCCCCUAGAAAUGGGGAAUUGUUUCAUUGUGUUUCUGAGAGCGAACAUUGUCCCCCAUCCCGGAAGGAUGUGAUCAGGUCAUCCUUUGUAACUAGACACAGCCGAAUCCCUGUUUUAGCCCAAGAGAUAGACUCAACUUUUGAAUCAUCCUCUGCAGUCUCCGCAAAAGAAAAGCUCCUCCAAAAGAAAGCUUAUCAGCCAGACCUCGUCAGGCUUCUGGUGGAAAAAAGGCAACUCAAGUCUUUCCUUGGGGAUCUCUCAAGUGCCUCUGAUAAAUUGCUGGAGGAGAGACUAGCCACUGUUCCCGCCCCCUUUUCUGAGGAGGAGGUCUUUGCUCCCUUUUCAAGACUGGCUAUAGACUCGCACCUGAGCAGAUCAGCCGAAGACAGCUUUCUGUCACCCAUCAUCUCCCAGUCCAGAAAGAGCAAAAUCCCAAGGCCAGUUUCAUGGGUCAACACAGAUCAAGUCAGUAGUGCAACUUCAGCUCAGUUCUUGCCUCGGCCACCACCAGGAAAACCUCCCACGAGGCCUGGAGUGGAAGCCAGGCUCCGCAGAUAUAAAGUCCUAGGGAGUAGCAAUUCUGACUCAGACCUGUUCUCCCGCCUGGCCCAAAUUCUUCAAAAUGGAUCUCAGAAGCCCCGGGGCACUCCUCAGUGCAAGAGUCCAGGAUCACCCCACAAUCCAAAAACACCACCCAAGAGUCCAGUUGUCCCCCGCAGAAGUCCCAGUGCCUCUCCUCGAAGCUCUUCCUUGCCUCGCACGUCCAGCUCCUCACCAUCCAGGGCUGCACGGCCCCACCAUGACCAGAGGAGUUCGUCCCCGCAUCUGGGGAGAAGCAAGUCCCCUCCCAGCCACUCAGGAUCUUCCUCCUCCAGGAGGUCCUGCCAGCAGGAGCACUGCAAACCCAGCAAGAAUGGCCUGAAAGGAUCCAGCAGCCUCCACCACCACUCGGCCAGCACUAAAGCCCCCCCCGGGAAGAGUAAGUCAGCCACUAAACUCAGCAGGUAGAAGCCGGGCUGCAUCUCUGUGAAAGGUGUGAGAUCCUCCUCCUCAGCCUGAUGCAUGUGUGUCCCUGUACUGUCUAUUUAAACAAUCAGUGUUGAUCUUCUCUUGCAAAAGAAAGUAACAUGAUAAAUUAUUUAUAAGAAGACAUAAAUUUAUGAUAAGGAAUUACCUAAGGCAGGCAGCAAGCAGAUCAGGAAUCAAUGCCUUUGCAUAGGAAGGGGCAAUCCAGCAAAAUCCAAGGGGGGAGAUUAAGGAACUCUCAUUUUUCAGCUGCCUUUGAAACAAAAGAGUUGAAGGUAGGAAAUGGAAUGGAAUUUUAAGGGGUUCGGCCUGUUUUUUUUUGUUUUUUUUUUUAAGGCAUUGCUCAAAGAUUAUAUAGCAAAAGUGAAAUUUGUUGUUUUAAUAUUUUCGUUCAAAACUUCCCAACCUUGGAGAGUCAGAAUUGCUCCAAUAGGAGGAUAUAUAACGAGUCUGCUGCUGAGGAGCCAGUGCCCGUGUACACACGGCUCGUGUGUUUAUUCGUGUACUGGGAGUUCACACCUUGACUUUGCCUCACUCCUGCUACCCUCCCUGCAUUUCACAGUUUUUAAAGUCAGAGUAUCUCCCCGGAAUCAGUCUCCCUUUUCUUACUUUAACAGUACCUUCUAAUAUGCUUUUAGCAGCACAUACUGAAAAUUUCCAAUCCAGUUGUGUGUGUGUGUUUUUUUUUUUUUUAGUCCCCUAAUAUUUUUCUGUUGAACAGAAAAAAGUAACAGUUCACAAUUCUUAACUCAGUAUAUUUUUAUUGUGAAAAAUAACUACUGAAACGUAGGUAAAGGAAGGAGAAGCUGAAACAGCCUACUGCACAGGCGUUAGCACGUUAGGGACAGAGGGACAGAGUGGGGUGAACACCCUUCAAGACAAAAGAACCCUCUUCCCCUCCAUUUCCUCCUUGUGGAAGGAAGACCGACCAGAGUAGACCUUGCUUUCUUAGGUCUUCUGGAUACUGACUGUUUUCCAAUAUCAACCUCCAAGAUGAUACCAGGGAAGUCCGAUGCUGUGGAAUGUGACUUUAUGCUCUUAGAGAUUUAGAAAGAAAAACAGAAAUUAGGUACGUUGUUGAGGCUUAUAAUCCUCAAACUUUGUAUUUUAUAUAUGUUUAGCCAAUAAGGAAUGAGUAUCUGGGGAAAUAAAUUUAGGCUCAAUAUCUAUCUUUUACUGUUUUAUUACUGCUUCUCCUAUGCUUUAGUUUGAAUGUUUGGGCUUUUGGACCUGAUUUCCUUGUAACCUCAAUUUAUAAAGCUGCGAGGAGGAGCGUGUUUGUUCUCAUUUCAGUCUUCUGCUAAUAGGAAUCAGGCAAAAGUAAAUUAUGCUAGAUUUUUCCAAUGGGCUCUUUUCUACUCUGUAGGUGUUUUGUGUUGUACAGACCUUAUUGAGGUCAGGUAAAUUGGUCUGCUUGCUGUUGCAAUUUGCCUUCUAGCAAACAUCUGUGCUUUCUCUUUGACCUUGUGUUUGCUGCCAAAUCGAAUAUGGUUGAAUUGGAAACCAGAAAAAAAAAAAGGGAAAAAAAAAACACAAAAAGAAAGAAGUCUGUUUCCUCACCAGGUGACUACAUUCUAAUGAUGCUGCAUCAAAGCUGCCCUGAAGCUGCACUGGUCUUCUCGUUCUCUCUGUGCGGAGCUGUUUUUAAAAAAAAAACAAAAAAACAAAAAAACCCCGAAACUCCAAACACUAUCGAGUCCUAUAUGAUCUCCUGUAAGAAAUGUAGCAUAGUGUGGAAUCUUAAUUUCUCUCCGGUUUCAAGCACUACAGAGGAAUGCAAUAGAUAAGACAUAUUUGCUAUGUAACUAAAGCAACUGUAAUACUGGAAGACCAGUCCUUCUGUAUGAUAUUGUAUAAUAUUUGCUAUAACACUACUUGCAUGUCUUCAUGGUAAAUGGUAUAAAUAUUUAUAAAUAUAUAGAGAAACAUAUGCUUAUAUAAACUCAUUCUUUCUCCUUCUCCAUUUGUAAUUUCAAGAUCACAGAUGGUGAAAUUCCUUUUUAUUGUGUGCCUCGUGUACACUUGGGCCUCGCCUGUCUUCAUUUUCCGAAAAUAUGUUCUUGGCAUGGGACCCUUCAGGUUCUUCUUGCCUUCUUUGUGUAUAAUGCAAGGGUUGGCAGCCUUCAAGCCAAGAUAGGCUAUUUAAUUUUCACUUUUAAAAGAUUUUGAUAGGGGAAAAAAUUACUGGGACACGCUUGUAAUACUGGCUCAAAAAUUUGUCACGUUAAUCACAUAAUUCUGUCCUUAUGGUUAAAGGGGAUAAACUAGGGCAAUAAUCAUGGGUCUGACAUAAAUUGAUUUAAAGGGAAAAAAACUCUUAAAAGUUGCCAUUCUACAUUGCUCUUUGCACCUCACUACUUUUUGGAUGGUGGGGGAGUGGAGCAGUCUACAAUUAAGGAAUUAUCUUCUUUUUUCUCUUGUAUUAGCUAAAUUGUGCUAAAAGUAGCCAGCUUUAAAUCCUGACCCCUGUCAUUAGAAGCAUGCCCAUCAUAACCAUUGGAAAAGCAGAUGAGGCUAUAGUCGUGUGUGUGUUAUUUCUUAUUGGUAUUUCUCUUCUAGCGGUCGAAACAAACAGUGAUGGCAACAUGGCAAUUGGGUGUUUUCUCUCUCUUGGUUUCUUCUGUUUUUCUCCCAACUCUUCCAUUAUGUUGCCCCCUUUUCCAGAUGGCACCGACGAACUCCGUAUCCAGAGAGAAAUAGCCUCAGUGUAUAAGAAUACUUCAUCUUGCAUGUAGAGGAAAGAGUUAACCAAAGAUGUUUCAGCUCUGAUACUUUCAAAAGAAAACAGACUAGUUAUAUGUAUCAAUAGGUCCACGUAAAAGUACUAUCAUAUAUAGAGAUUUACUUUAUGGUUUUUAAAAGUGUAGUUUGUGCUUUUAGAUAUUCAGUGUCUCAGGCUAAAAAGAGAAGUUGGCAGCCCUGAGCAAAACAUUUUUGGCACAAGGAUUUUUGUUUUUGCUUUAAGAUAUGAUACAGAGAAUGAGUUGGUUGGUUGUUGUUUUAGUUACUUAUUUUUUAUUUGUUUUUUUUUUAAGUGAUGGCAUAUUUCAGAUUUCAGUGACAAACAGAUCAUCCAAGUAAUUUUAAACCACUUUGGUUAUUUUAUCUAAGCUGAGGGACAUGGCCAUUAAUUAAAGUCAAGCCAAACUAUAUGAAAAGUAGUAAGGGGCAAAAGUGAAAAUCAGCUUUCGAAAAUCAGGUGUGUCCUGGUUUCUCCUCUCACAACACAAUGGCAGCCCUAAUCAUACUUGCCCUUACCCCGCCAUGUCUAGUCUCCGGAGUUACUUGGGUGGAGCAGAAAAUGGAUUCGCACCUUUCAGUCCCCAUCAGCAGCAUUCUUGCAUUAUGCCGCCAAAUCUCCAGGGUAUACAGAUGGGUUAAAAUAUUAAAAUUUCACUGGCCAUCUUUUGCACAGCAUAAACAUAACUUUAAUGUAUAGCGAACAAAGGAAAAUAGGAUCUUAUCAAGUGUAACCUUAAAGCACAGACUGUAAACAUCUUUGAAUGGGAAGCCGCAGGCGGGCGCCGUCAUUCCCACCUCGGUGUGCAAGCUGGCCUUGCUGACAAGGGCACCAGCACACUUGCGUUUCUUAAGUUGCAUGUUGUGAAGUGAAUGUUUUUUUUUGUAAAAGUUGCCAAGUCAAUCCAGUCCUAGAUAAGUACCAACAUGGUAAUUGAUGCCCACUGUUGUCAUUAUCCACUUUGUAUUAUAUGCUUUAAAAUACCAAGCAGAUCCCAGCUGCUUACUGAUUCAGCGGACUAGUUGUGCAGUAUCUCUGCUCAGCUCCUGACCACUAGGGGGACUUGUGGCUCUUUGGUUAUCAUCAGAGAUUCUUCCCAGGCCACAGAUUUUUAUGCAAAUGUUUCUAUGGUUGCAUUCAAUCUACAAGGAAAAAGUGUACAUUGGUGCAUGUUUUAUAAACCCACACACAGAUAGUUAAAACUAUAAUAAGUUUUUCUAUACCCGAUAGCUUUGAAUUAAAAACAGAUGCUUUUCCCCUAGAGGAUUUCUUAACCUAACAUUAGAAAUUGGUGAUAGGAGAAACAGGAUCCGGAAUUCAGAAUUUAGCAGCUUAGGG